CGGCCAUUUUGCAAGAAAAGUUCACGUGUCUUUCCUCUCCUUAUUUUUUAAAAAUAACCAUGGGUUUCGGAGAUUUGAAAUCAGCUGCGGGUCUGAAGGCUCUGGACGACUUUCUAGGAGAUCGUAGUUACAUCGUUGGAUAUACACCAACCCAAGCAGAUGUAGUUGUCUUUGAAGCCCUUAGUGGAACCCCAAGCUCAGACCUAUACAAUGCCCUCCGCUGGUACAACCACAUUGCAUCAUAUGCUAGCCAGAAAAGUGGCUUCCCUGGUGAGAAGAAGGCACUCAGUGAAUAUGGCCCAAGUGCCGCUGCAACCCCUGCAGCAGCCAAUGAUGAUGAAGAUUCUGAUGAUGACAUCGAUCUUUUUGGCAGUGAUGAAGAAGAAGACGAUGAGGAUAUGCAAAAGAAGAAGCAAGCACUUGUUGACGCUUAUAACGCCAAAAAAGGCAAAAAGCCAGCUCUUAUUGCCAAGAGUAUGAUAAUCCUAGAUGUCAAACCCUGGGACGAUGAGACUGAUAUGGCACUUGUUGAGAAAAAAGUCCGAGCCAUUGAGAAGGAUGGACUUGUCUGGGGAACAAGUAAACUUAUAGCUGUGGGAUAUGGAAUCAAAAAAUUGCAGAUCUCCUGUGUGGUAGAAGAUGCCAAGGUUGGGACAGAUUUCUUAGAAGAAAGUAUUUGUGGAUUUGAGGAUUUGGUGCAAUCCAUGGAUGUUGCUGCCUUCAACAAGUUGUAAACACUCUUAUUGGACUCAUUAGCAAUAGAUGAAUUGCCAAAAUAAACUUUGGAACUAAUUUACAUUGCCAAAAUCGUCUUUUGAACUCAAUAAAUACAAUAUUGCCAAGAUCAUCUUUGGAACUUCUAGAUAUUGAAUCUGAACAUUUGGAUUAUCAAUGUCUUAAUACAAUAAAUUACUAAUUUAAACAAAAGCAUUGCUAUUUAGUGAAUUUAUUUUGAUAACACAAAGGAUUUACAAUAUACACAGUACAGGGUGGUCCAAAAAUGGGACACUUGUAUUUCAAAAAGAAAUAUUGAUUUUUUUGAUGAAAACAUGUCAUAUUAUAUACCAAUGGAUAGGGAAUUUCUCA